UUUGGCUUUUAUCUUAUCCCCCAAUUUCCAGCCUUCAAUAGCGAAUCCCCGUUUAGGACUUUCAAAACAAGACAUGGGUACUUGCUUCUCGUCUUCCUCCUUCGUUAAGGCCAUUGCCAACCCUCCUUUGACUGCAAAAGUUAUCGACUUCGAUGGCACCCUCAUCGAGUACUCCGAGGCCGUGAAGGCAACUCAAGUUCUUGGCAGAAAUCUAAAUUCCUUUUUCCUAUGCAACGCUGAAGAUUUUUUCUAUGAUCAUUUAAUCAAAGCCAUGGAAUCUAACCAUCCGGUCGAGCUCGGAAAGCUGUAUUUUGUAUUGCCGGCUAAAAAGCUUAAUUUUCCUCUAACGGCGGAGGAUAUGGCUGCGUUGGCUGUCAAAGCAAGCGCGGCUUUUACCGCCGCCGCUUAUGUUGAGGUUUUGCCGUUUAUGGGUGUUGUCGAUGUGCAAAGCUGCAAGAGGUUUAAUGAAGUAAGGGUUGGUGGUUGGAAAUCGGGGUGGGCUGCUUUCAGUAAUGGUGAAACGAAGCAGAGUUCUUCCAGGACGAGGUUGAGUGCGAUAGAAGAAAUUGAAUGAUGAUCUUCUCUUCAUUUUAUUUUAUUUUUUUAAAAAUUCUUCCAGGGUUAUUUAUUUUAUUAAUUUGUACAAACCAUGAAAAUUCAUUUUAGUGC